AUGCGGACCCUCCUUCGCUUUGUGCAUUGCUGCUGCUGCUGUUUCUUGCUCCUCCUGCCUCCGCCGCUCUGGGUCAGCCUGGCAGCAGCUAAGCAGCUCCUGAAGUACCGGCUGGCCGAGGAGGGACCCGCCGACAUCCGCAUCGGCAACGUGGCUUCCGACCUGGGGAUCGUGACGGGCUCCGGAGAGGUGACAUUCAGCCUGGAGUCGGGCUCCGACUAUCUCAAGAUCGAUAACAUGACCGGGGAGCUGAGCACCACAGAGCGGCGCAUCGACCGCGAAAAGCUGCCGCAGUGCCAGAUGAUCUUCGACGAGAACGAGUGCUUCUUGGACUUCGAGGUGUCGGUCAUCGGCCCCUCGCAGAGCUGGGUGGACCUCUUCGAGGGCCGGGUCAUCAUCCUGGACAUCAACGACAACACCCCCACCUUCCCUUCCCCCGUCCUCACGCUCACCGUGGAGGAGAACCGGCCCGUGGGGACCCUCUACCUGCUGCCCACCGCCACCGACAGGGACUUCGGCCGCAACGGCAUCGAGCGCUACGAGCUGCUGCAGGAGCCCGGCGGGGACGGCGGCCGGCGCGGCGGCGGGGGCGGCUCGGGCGGCGCGGCCGCCGAGAGCGCCCCCUUCCCCGGCGGCAGCAAGCGGCGGCAGGAGGCGGAGGCGGCGGCCCGCAGCAGCGUCUUCGAGCUGCAGGUGGCCGACACCCUGGACGGGGAGAAGCAGCCGCAGCUGAUCGUCAAGGGGGCGCUGGACCGCGAGCAGCGGGACUCCUACGAGCUCAGCCUCCGCGUGCGGGACGGCGGCGACCCGGCGCGGUCCUCGCAGGCCAUCCUGAGGGUGCUGAUCACCGACGUGAACGACAACAGCCCCCGCUUCGAGAAGAGCGUCUACGAGGCGGACCUGGCGGAGAACAGCAGCCCCGGGACCCCGAUCCUGCAGCUGCGAGCCACCGACCUGGACGUGGGAGUGAACGGGCAGAUCGAGUACGUCUUCGGGGCGGCCACCGAGUCCGUCAGGCGCCUACUGCGGCUGGACGAGACCUCGGGCUGGCUCAGCGUCCUGCACCGCAUCGACCGCGAGGAGGUGAACCAGCUGCGCUUCACCGUCAUGGCCCGAGACCGGGGCCAGCCCCCCAAGACGGACAAGGCCACCGUCGUGCUGAACAUCCGGGAUGAAAAUGACAACGUGCCCACCAUCGACAUCCGGAAAAUCGGGCGCAUCCCGCUCCGGGAUGGGGUGGCAAGCGUGGCCGAGGAUGUGCUGGUGGACACUCCCAUUGCCUUGGUGCAGGUGUCAGACCGGGACCAAGGUGAAAAUGGUGUGGUGACCUGCACCGUGGUGGGCGAUGUGCCCUUCCAGCUCAAACCGGCCAGUGAGGGUGAAGGGGAGCCACAGAACAAGCGCAAGUAUUUCCUCCACACCUCAGCCCCUCUGGAUUAUGAAGCUGUCCGUGACUACAACGUGGUGAUUGUGGCCGUGGACUCAGGCAGCCCCAGCUUGUCCAGCAACAACUCCCUGCUGGUGCGGGUUGGCGACACUAAUGACAACCCUCCCAUGUUCAGCCAGGCCGUGCUGGAGGUCUCCUUUCCAGAGAACAACUUGCCUGGUGAAAGGGUGGCCACAGUGGUUGCCACAGAUGCGGACAGUGGCAAGAAUGCUGAGAUCACUUAUUCCUUGGAGGCCUCACCUCUCUCCUCGGAGGCACCAGACAGCACCUUCAGCAUUGACCCUGACUCUGGGGAUGUGUCAGUGCAGGCAGUGCUGGACCGUGAGCAACGUGACACCUAUGAAUUCCAGGUGACGGCCCGGGACAAGGGGGUGCCUUCGCUGCAGGGCUCCACCACAGUGGUGGUUCGGGUGUCAGACCGCAACGACAACGAGCCACGCUUCAUGCAGGAUGUGUUCACCUUCUAUGUGAAAGAAAACCUGCAGCCCAACAGCCCCGUGGGCAUGGUGACCGUGAUGGACUUUGACAAGGGCCGCAACGCAGAGCUCAGCCUCUCCAUCCAGCCUGGAGACCACGACCAGGCAGCUGGCAUCUUCUCCAUUGAGAAUGACACUGGUACAAUUUUCUCCACUGUCUCUUUUGACCGUGAGCAGCAGACCAGCUACACCUUUAAGGUGAAGGCAGUGGACGGGGGUGAGCCUCCACGCUCUGCCACAGCCACCGUGUCUCUCUUUGUGAUGGAUGAGAACGACAAUGCACCCACUGUCACCUUCCCCAGUAAUAGCUCCUACACCGUGCUGCCACCCUCCAGCAACAUGCGCACUGUGGUGGCCACAGUGGUUGCCACCGAUGCUGACACAGGUCUCAACGCUGACCUCAACUACAGCAUUGUUGGGGGCAACCCCUUUAAACUCUUUGAAAUAGAUCCUGCCAGUGGCGUGGUGUCACUGGUGGGCAAGUUGGCCCCCAAGCACUAUGGCCUACAUCGCCUGGUUGUGCAGGUGAAUGACAGUGGGCAGCCCCCCCAGUCCACCACGGCCCUGCUCCAUGUCUUUGUCAAUGAGAGCCUGUCCAACGCCACCGUGGUGGAGAGCCAGGUGGCCCGCAGCCUUCACACCCCACUGGCCCAGGACAUUGCUGGUGAUCCCAGCUACGAGCUGAGCAAGCAGCGGCUUAGCAUAGUCAUUGGUGUGGUGGCCGGCAUCAUGACAGUUAUCCUUCUUAUCCUGGUGGUGGUCAUGGCCCGCUACUGCCGAUCCAAGGGCAAGCACGGUUACGAGGCCGGCAAGAAGGACCAUGAGGAUUUCUUCACCCCCCAGCAGCACGACAAGGCCAAGAAGCCCAAGAAGGACAAGAAAGGCAAGAAGGGCAAGCAGCCCCUCUACAGCAGCAUUGUUACCGUUGAGGCUUCCAAGCCCAAUGGGCAGCGCUACGACAGUGUCAACGAGAAGCUCUCAGACAGCCCCGGCAUAGGCCGGUAUCGCUCGGUCAACGGUGGCCCAGGCAGCCCCGACCUGGCCAGGCACUACAAGUCCAGCUCACCGCUGCCCACCGUCCAGCUGCACCCACAGUCCCCCACCGCUGGCAAAAAGCACCAGGCCGUGCAGGACCUGCCCCCAGCCAACACCUUCGUGGGCGCUGGCGACAACAUCUCCAUCGGCUCGGACCAUUGCUCCGAGUACAGCUGCCAGGCCAGCAGCAAGUACAGCAAGCAGCCGUUUCGUAGAGUGACGUUUUCUGUUGUGAGUCAGCCUCAGGACCCGCAUCAAGGGUCAUUGCAGAGUUGCUAUGACAGCGGUCUGGAGGAGUCAGAAACACCAAGCAGUAAGAGUUCAUCAGGGCCAAGGCUGGGUGCCCUUCCACUCCCAGAGGACAACUACGAAAGGACUACGCCGGAUGGCAGUGUUGGUGAGGCAGAGCAUAUGGAAAAUGAUUCACGACCUCUACCAGAUGUAGCCCUAACGGGGAAGUGCACCCGAGAGUGUGACGAGUACGGCCACUCAGACUCCUGCUGGAUGCCAGUGCGCACUUCUCCGGAGAGAAAGCAGAAGAGCCAGCCAAAACUCUCCACUUUCAUGCCUGUCGAUGAACGGGGCAGUCAGGAAAAGCUGGCCAAUGGAGAAGCCGCCCUCAUGGGUGAUCGCAACAGAAACCUCCUCAACAAAAAGUUGACCUCAUCCUAUGAGACCUUCAGUGCAGCUAGUUUCAGCAAAAACGAAGAAGGCAAUCCAGAGGAUAUCCCCCUUACACAGACAGGGGAAUACAAGCCAUCUCCUGUCAACACUCUAACUAGAAGAGAAGUUUACCUGUAGGCUAACAAGCAGCAACAAAGCUCUUUCAUAAUAUAAGAAAGAAAUGGGGCAAAUGUCUUAAAAUCACAACAAUUUUAAGAAAAAUGUGAAACAAAAAAGAGGGGGCCACCAAAGAGACAAAAGAUCUGCCUGCCACUUCUGCCUCCAUAGCAGGCAUGUAAUUAUACUGUCUGCCUGACUUUACUGUACAAUGUAGAAAACAUUGUUGUUACUUGCAUGUCUAAUUCCCCUCUCCCUGAUUUUUAUUUUCCUAGAUCUAUGGUUGCAAAUUACUCCCACAGUAGCAAGCUUGAUUAAAAAGAACACAACACACUGUUGUUUCCCCUCGGCAGAAGCAUGAAUUAAACCACUCAUUUUGUUUGUUUGUCAUCUGGCUUGUUGAGGAUAACAGGUCAGGGAAAAUAUAUUCAAAACAUACCAUCUGAAUAUCGCUGAUCCCCAUCAGGGACAAUCCUUCAGAAACCAUAAAGAUAUAGGAUAAAUAUAAAGGAAUAAUCAUUAGUAGGCACUUUGUGAAGACCACAGCUUUAAUAUUCUCACUUCUCAUCUGAGGCUGGAAGCAACAGAAAUACAUUCAGCCUGAGACUGCAGUCAAAAACAUGGCAUACUUUCCUGUGAUUCAUGAACUCUGGUUCUGUUUUAUCCAUCGAACAAAUGUGUCUUGCUGUGUCUCUGUCUCUCUCUCUCUCGUUCUCUGUAAUGAUUAUUUCAAUGUAAACACAAUUACUGACACUUUUACCAUAGGAUAGCAAUGAUAAACUGUUGAAACCAUCAUUUUGGGAAAGACUAACAUUUAGCUGGGAAGAUUGUAAUAACAAAAAGGCCAAAGAUCACACAAUGGAUCAGGGGAACUGCUAAGUAUUGGGGCUUGACUUAGAAAAUAAAUGUAUUCACAAAAAAACACAUGUACUCAUAACACAGCUUCAGCUACAUUCUACACAUCAGCACAGUUCACAAGCCCAGAUGACAAUUUUUUUUCCAGAGAAGUUCAGUUGAAUGCCCAAAGGAACUGAUGCUUUUUUUGUAAUGACAUGAUAUAUUGCAGCACAUGCUGCAUAUGAUAUGCUGCAUAUGGUAGUUCCAGGGAAUUUUUAAGAUCAAAAUUUAAAACUAAUAGUAGAAGAGAAGGCUGUGUUAGUGGGGAUGCUUGAUGGGAGGGAAAAAGGUGGACAGUGGGAUAAUGCAGUAACAAGAGAACAUCACAACUUGGAUACAAAAGCUCCUUUUCAGAUUGCAAGGCAUAGUUGCUAAGUCUGGUCAUCAGUGUUGCAGCUUAUCAAGUGCUUUGGUUAUGUCAAAGAUGAGGAUAAUGAAAGCUUUCUUGAAACCAAGUGCAUUAAAACCAAGUGCAAUACUAAAUGAUAUCAAGACUCAGAAUAUUUAGCAUUAGUAACAAAUGGUCUGAUAAACAGUGGUAUGAUACCGAGGAGGUCAAAAUUACUUAAAAAGAGUCCAAGCUACUGGGAUAUGCAAGAGCUGUAACAAUUAUCAUGGUGAGUGCUUCUUGAAAGGAAGAGGAAAUGAAACAGGGUUUUGUGCAAUAAAAGAAACAAAACAUGCAGAACAUCAACCAAUUGCUUUGUAGUUGAUGUUGUAGUAAUAAUCAGAGACCGAGCUCAGACAUUCAGACAAAAGUGACAAUCAAACAACACAGCAAGGACAGCUCAAGGACAGGAAAGCAUUUGGAUCCCUGGCUGUUGAACCUGGCAUGAAGGCAUGGGUAGAUGACUCUAGUAACUAUAGUCAUAAUGUAGCUUUGGGUAGUUUCUUGCUUUGAAGAAUUGCAUAGAAAUAACCUUAAACAGUCUAAGGUAGAGGUUGGUAAAUCAAAAAAACUCAUCACAUUUAUCUUUUGAAUUCACUUCUCCAUAGAGUGGGUUGUGCCAUUACUGGCCUUUUCAUUCUCCUCUCUAAAGUUUACUUUCUUCAAGUAACAUUAGUUUGUGUAUAGCAGUUAUGAUGAAUGGGCACAUUUUAGAAAGAAAAUAUUAAAAUCAAAAAUUAUUAAUGAUUGAACAUUUUUAUGUUUAAUUAUUUAAGUAAUAUGGAGAGAUGCAAGCUAGUACUUUGUUAUGAGACUGCAUAUAGCAGUUACUACUUUGUAUAAUCUGUAAGUACCUGUUUAAAAAUGCUUCUAAAAUGCUUAUGUAAUGUAAACACAUUUUUCUUGCACGUUUCAACAGAAUACACAAUUGCAUAACACAAAUGUUCAACAGAACUUCCUUUAAUAAGAUUUUAUUUAAUAUUACAGACAAGAAAAUAAAUUAGGUAGCUGGGUUCUGUAUAUUCUUAGACACUUUUUCUACAAGGCUAAUAAUACAGGUCAUAGUAGACCUUCAGAUUAAAUGGAUCAGCAGUCACUCACCAAUUUUUGCACCACAUAAGACAGUCAUGAAAUAAUUUUCUUGUGUGCAUCUCCUUAGAUCUAAAAUGCGUGUGAAAGAAUUUUUUAAAAAUUCUAUCUACUGUAAGUAUUCACAGCAAUUCUUGUGGAACUAGCCACUAUUAAUAUGCUGAUUACUCUUCUGACCUGGCAUGACAUACAAAUAUAUUUUGUGUUUGUAUUUUUCCUCUUUAGUUGAAAUAGGUUAAAUCUGGUGCCACUCCAUAAAUAGAGUGCUUUUGUAUAAAAAUAAAGAAAUAAAGCUAUAAAAAUAAUUAGGGUGAAUGCAAAAUAUGCAACUGUGCCUUUUAUACCUAUUAUUAGGGUAAAGUGGUAGUUGGGUUUGGACACUGAGGGGUAAGGGGCUAUUCCCAACUUUUUUGAACCUGUAUAUUUACCUGUGUUUAUUUUCUGAGAAAUUAUAAAUGAUAUAUUUAAAAACAAGCCUUUUGCCAAACUCAGUUAAUGGACCAGUCUUAAGCAUUAAUAACACAAGGCUGUGGUUUAAGUAGGUCUUGAGGAUUUUUUUAUUACUAUUUGUGUGGGGUUUGGGGUUGUUUUAAUUUGUUUUUAAUUCUGCUGCCUGGAAAAGUAUGAUCAGUCUAUAUGAUAGUUAUUUAGCAAGGUGUCACCAGUUCAUGUUGCCAGGAAAAUUGACAAUUUUUAAAAUUGCUUUUAGCCUUCAUCACAUUUUAGUUGUACAGUAUAGAAAUCAUGUUUUUCUUUACUUCCAUGGGAAACUCAAAUGAGCUUUGCAUGUAUUUUACAUUAGGGCACCUUUAUAGAUUGAUGCGUUAAUAUAUAACUUUAUAUGUAUUAGAAAGCUCAAUAGCUUUGGUCUAAAAUCUAAGGCUUAUUCCAGAUCUCAGACCCACUAUGUUUAUGGAUUAUCGUUUCUGACUGGCCUGCUGCCUGAGUUUCAGGAAAAAAAGUUAAACAUUAUUUUUAUGCGGGGGAAGAACUUAAAUGGGAUUGAAAUGAUUGGCUGAAAGGCUACCCUAGAAGUUGUCAAGCAGAAAAAUCGUGAAUAUGGAUAAAGAUGUUGCAUAAAUCCACCAAACACUUGUAAGGAAGUUGAACAACGACAUAUUUUUCCUUCUGUUUUAUUGGUGAUAAAUAUACACAGCUUCCUUAAGAAAAGAAGCAGAUGAAAAAGCAAUAGAAAUUGAAGCCCAUCAGUUAAGCUGAAUUACUGACUGAAAGAGUGUAAGCAAGAGGAAGAAGACAACAUUCACCAGCUACCUGGGGUAUGCUUUCAGACAACUUUUCCUAAAUUUUAAAGCACUUGCAUUCAAUGUGGUACGAUCUGUUUGUAAUAAUAAUCAUUGACUAUUGUUCUGCAACUUGGAUGUUGAUAGUGAAGCAGAGAACAAUUUAUCAUUGUUUAUUAUGAGUCACUAUGCACGCAACUAUGCUAAACAUGGCAAAAUGUAUUAAACGCUAGUCCACCUCUAUUUAUGAAAUAUUUACAUAAUUUAAUUUGCUUUUGUACAGUUUUAUGUAAAUAAAUUGCUUGUCAUUUUUGUCUCUGCAAAUUAAAAUAUAACAUGUUCAACUGGUUGCCCAUUUGCCAGUUUACUUUCUUGGACAG